UUCCUUCGCCGCAAGCCCGCAACCCCCCACAAAACCCUACCAACCUCCCGCCGCCGCCGCCGCCCAUGGCCGCCGCGUCCGCCGGAGCGGCCGGCCGCCGCAGGGCGUGGCGUGUGAUCCCGCGCCCCGUCCUCGAGACGGUCCUCCACAACCACGCGCUCCGCCCGCGCGUCCCGCAGCCGCUCAUCCUCCACGGGCCCCGCGGCGUCGGCAAGUCCACCCUCCUCCUCCGCCGCCUCCUCCCGCAGUGGUCUGAGCCCCCGCACGCCGCCGCCUUCGUCGACUUCCUCCGCCCCGGCCCCGACGCGCCGUGGUCGCUCCUCCUCCCCGCCGCCGAGGGCGCGGCGCCGUCGCUCCCCGACCUCCGCCUCCGCCUCGAGUCCGCGCUCGAGGGCCUCGCGCGCGACGCCGUGCUCCGCGGCGCCGUCGGGUCCAAGGACGUGCUCGCCGCGCUCUCCCGCUCCCACGGCCUCCACACCGCGCUGACACGCCUCGCGGGACCAGCCGCCCGCCGCGGCGGUCGUGGCGGCGGCGGUUACCCAGUCCCGACGCUGUGGGCGAGGGCCGUCCUCGCCGCGUCCUCCUCGGCGCGUGGCGACGACUCUACCUUCUGCAUUGGUGAGGGGGAGGCGACCAACUGCUCCAUGGAGGAGAAGGCGUACAUGCAGGAGGCAAUGGCGGCGCUGCGUGUGGCCAAGGAGGUGCUCCGGAUGCAAGAGGGGUGGAGGAAGGAGGCGGUGCGGGAGAUGAAUAGGACUGGCCGGUUCUCGAGGCCACUGGCCAAUUCCGCAACCGACUGGCCAUGCCUGUUGCUGGAUGUGCUCUCGGGUGCGGCUGAGGUGGAUUUCUUUCAGCCAAAGCUGGUGCUGAACAAUGUGGAUGUGCUGAGGAAGGCGACUUGCAAGGAUGAUACGAUGGUGCCUGCGGCAAUGUAUCAUGAUAGCUUGAUUUGGAGGGUGAUCGCACUCGGUGCCAACGAACAGUGCUUGCCGGUCAUUAUGUCUACCUCAGAUGGCUACUAUUCUUCACAAGCAUUUGUUGAUUUUGGUUUUCCUAAUAUAUUCAUUUCUCGUGAGACAUUUGGUUGGACACCACAGGAAGCUAAGUUGCAUAUGGUCCCUGAAUUCUUCAGUGAGAAGGAGUGGAAAGUUGUGGAUGAGGUUCUUGGGACAAACCCACGGCAAUUAUCUGAGAUUUACAUGUUGAAGCAGAAUGCAGAUAGCACAGGGGUUUUGCAUGAUCAAAAUAUCGAGGAAAUUAUCGACAUAUACCUGGCACACUUGCAAGUUUCUGUUGUGAAUCCUGCAAUGGAGGCAGCAUUAGGAAUGGUACAGAAGUUCGCAUCUGAUGUCCGUGAGGGAAAAGUACCAGAAAAUAGAUUGUCUUUCGGUGCACCAUGGAGACAUCCGCCUCAGGGGGGUAACCCUGAUGCAUCCUAUAAGUGGGCAAAGAUUCAACUAAUGGAUUUCGUGCAAUCUUUUGUAAACACUGAGUUCGGGGUGAAUUAUCUAGCAGAUGACAGCCUGGAAAUAUUUGAUGAUCCUGCUGCACUCGCCAUGUCAGAGGUUGGUUUACUUUAUCAACAAAGAGAUCCAUCCUUCAUGCGGCCAAUCACUCGAGGAAUUCAGCGUUGCCUUGCUCGAUGGCUUGUUCAGCAGAGGUUACAAUUGAGCUUUCAAGAAUCAAUAGCAUUCUUAUGGCAACGUGCGAUACGUGGGCGAAGCUAUCGACACUUGAUGAAAGAAGUCGGCUACAAGUAGAGAUUUCAAUGGAGCAGGACAGGAGCCCUUUAUCAAUUUUGGCAUUGCAUAUGCAACUGACAUGAUUUUGACGGACUGACUUUUGCAUCUAUUUCAGGUAUCUUGUGUUGAAUGUGCAAUUUUUCACCGAAUGUGGAAGCAGGAGAUCCAACUGGUCGGCAUCCCUAGGGUCUGGAUCCACAUGUCCCUAGAGAUGUACAUCUAAUGUUCAUUCUGUAUCGAAGGUCUUCUGUUGAAAUUUUUUAUGCUUUUGUUGCAUGAUCAUCAAGGUAGAGAAAAAUUGAGGCAGUUUUUUAUAUCUUUACCCAAUACCCAAAUGGCUUUUACGGAGGUAGAAAUUCCAUUGUAUUUCUUGGUGCUCACAAAAAUAAUGGUGUAAAAAAAUCCGAUGCUUCUAAUUUAGCCCGACGUGGUGAAACGUCCCAUAUGGGGAGACAUUAAUCAGGCACAAAAUUUGCCCUGUGAAUGCUUGUAUAAUUUCUGCCCGUAAUUAUCCGUCAAUUCGACCGAUCAGUUCACGUUA